AUGGCCUUUUCAAGGCAAGGACAAGUGAACACUGACGGCGAUCGCGGGUCCAUGCUGCUCCGUGACUCGCUCAUCAGUCUGGCUAUCGCACAUUUCGGUCAUAAACAUAGCGCAAUGGACAUUCAGCAGGAAAGCUAUCGAAUGUACGGAAAGGUCCUACGCCAGUUGAAUGAACACCUCGAUUUGCCCGAUCUGAGAUUAUCGGAUUGCACGAUUCUCACAUGCCUGAUCUGCGCCCUACGCGAGUUGUUUUUCCCCAGCGGACCGAACCAUUUCCUGAAGCAUCUGCAAGGGAUAGAAACCAUGUUGAAGUUGCGAGGGGCUCCUGCUGCACCAAUACCUUUAGAGACUCUGGUGAUACUCCAUGGUUUACGGACUCUUUCGAUAGUGAGUGGGAUGUUUGUCGCAAGGCCGUCUCUCUUUGCUCAGGAAGAAUGGAAGCACCUCCAGCCCCUUCAACUUGACCAAGAUGGCCGGAUUAGGCACAACAUCCUACCCAUCCUCGCUGAUUGCACCAAGUUUAUUGCCGCACGAGACGCAGUCCUCCGGUCGAAUGAUCCCAACGCCCGUCGGUCACUGUUGCGACAAAUCGACAACGCUCGAUCGGCGCUCGACUCAAUCCGCACCGAAUGGCCCACCAACGUUGGCCUGAAACAAACUAGAGGCCGCAGCUUGGGUACACAAAUGAUGUAUAAUGCAACGUAUAUCUGUCUACUGGACAUCCGCCAAGGGUUGGAGCCGUCGCUCGAGUACGAGUUCCUGAGAAGUUUCGCUGUUCAAGAAAUCAUUAGCAAUCUGGAACGACUUUCCCAAAAGCCAGGAGGCGUUAAUUUCAGCAUCAUUCGGUUCGUUGUCAUCCAAGUAGCUUUACACGUGAUGGGGGGUUCCGGAACUCCCCUCGGUCGACAGCUGGUUCGCGUCCUUCAAGGACCGGACGCUGCUGGCGUCGAAAUUCAUAUCCAAGGGUCGAAUUUGCUGGGAGGAAUGGGUAUUGGUCAGAUUUUCCCUUGA